GAUUUGCAGAGAGAAGUCAGAGAUUGAAGAAACAGAGAUCUAUAUCAUAUGUGAACGCUUUUUGUGGUCUAAAAGAAAAGUUUUUUUAUUUUCAAAUUUGUUUUCUUUUCCGUUAAUUAUCACAGAAACUGUAGUUUGAGGUUUGAAAAGAAGGGUUUUUAUUUUGCUGGUUGCAGGGAUUUCUGCUGGUUCACUCGUGAAACCUUCAAUUACAAGCCCUUUUCUCUUUCGGCUUUCAGGUCCAGUAGCAGUUACUCCUCAUACAGGUUCCUGACGGCUAUUGUCAUCUGUUUUUGGUUGUGAAACUGGAAACCAAAUAGAAUGUGCUAUUGUGUUUCAGUUGCUUGGCAAGUUUGACUUUUUUGUACUAUAUGGUGAUUGGUUGUCAGUAGAAGAUUUCUGUACUAAUUUGUGAGCUUAUUUUUAUAUUUGAAUGACAUCAUGUGGGCACAGGGACUCAAUUGAGACUAAAUGAAUGGAGAAAAAUCAAAACAAGAUUUUCAUGGAACAUUCUAGAGUUAGUAAACAAUACAACUCUGUGGAGCAUGGAAAUGGGGAAUUCCCCCAUGCAACUCAAGCAUUUAUGCCAGAUCCUAUGACCAGCUUAAACAUGAGUAUAAGGCCUCCUGAGCUAAAAGGAUCAGAUGUCAAACCUGUACUUAAUUAUUCCAUACAGACUGGUGAGGAGUUUUCUUUUGAAUUUAUGCGGGAUCGGUUAAAUCCUAGGAAGCAUUUCAUCCAAAAUUCUCUGGGUGAACCCAGUUAUGCAACAGGAUAUAUGGAUCUAAAAGGUCUUUUAGGCAUUAGUCGUACAGAAUCUGAAAGUGGGUCUGAUAUUUCAAUGCUUAACACGGUAGAGAAAGGUCCGAGGGGGUUUGAAAGAAAAGACUCUGUACAUGAAAACCAAAGUAAUUAUGGGUCACAUCAAUCAAUGCGGCAGACUACAUUAGGCUAUGAAAAUAAUAGAGGACUUCUAUAUAUGUCAAUUGGGACCUCUGAUGGCACAUCAACACAGAUGAAGGUUCUUUGCAGCUUUGGUGGGAAAAUCCUACCUCGACCAAGUGACAGAAAGCUAAGGUAUGUUGGAGGUGAAACUCGCAUAAUUCGCAUCAGAAAGGAUAUUUCGUGGCAGGAGCUUAAGCAGAAGAUAUUAGCAAUUUAUGAUCAAACAGAAGUGAUUAAAUAUCAGCUUCCAGGAGAGGACUUUGAUGCUUUAGUUUCUGUGUCUUCAGACGAAGAUUUGCAGAAUAUGAUGGAGGAAUGUAAUGAACUUCUAGACAAAGAGGCCUUUCAAAAGCUUAGAAUGUUUCUGUUCUCACUGAGUGAUUUGGAGGAUACUCAGUUUGGUCUAGGCAACAUGGAUGGUGAUUCCGAGAUUCAAUAUGUGGUAGCUGUUAAUGGAAUGGACUUUGGAACAAGGACAAGCACUACUCUGCAUGGGUUGACAAGCUUUUCUGCUAACAAUUUAACAGAACCAGUGGGAUCGAGCAUAAACAGGGAAACAAGCAGAGUUGCUGGAGACUCGGUUGUCAUUAGCUCUUCUAACAUUCCUGGCAUUAUGGUGUCAUCAUCAACUUUUCAGUCUUCUCAACCAGUUUUACCAAGUUCCUCAGGUGCCUACGAAACCCGUCCAGAGUUUUAUCAUGGCCAGAGGAUGGGGUAUCCAUUGCAGUAUGGUCAUAAUUCUUCUAAUUAUUCCUAUAUUGCAGAAUUUUCUAAUUCCGUUCCUCCUAAUGUGUUUAUGAAUCAACAUGAACGCUUGACUGAAGUGCCACCAUACAAUGGCCUACAACAACAGAAUCUGCAGAUGCUGGCGACCGAGUUCAAACCCAAACCUGAUGGUUCUGGUCACCAGGGCAAUGACCUUGAAAAACAUCGUCCUUCGGAAACAGAUCACCCAGUUUCUUCCCGGCUGCAUGAAGGAAAGGUGAUAAAUCAUUUUCAGUGUGAAGAAGUACCAGUUGCAGUUGUUCCACAAGAUGUGCCGCAUUUCACUUUAAAAAAUGAAGCUAAAAACCAGGACAAUGAAAAAGUUGCGUCAUCUGUUGAUGCUGUGAAUGAAGUGCUUGUUCCUAAACAGGGUAAUGAUGACCAUCAUUCAACUUCUAGUUAUGCUGAUUCUGAGUCUAAUCCAACUGAUUUAAGCUACCAUGAGCCGACAGUGCCUCCUCACAAGGUUUAUUAUUCAGAAAGAAUACCUCGAGAGCAGUUAGAUUUGCUGAAUCGAUUAUCAAAGUCUGAUGAUUCAUUAGGUUCUCAGUUGCUCUUAGCUCAUCCACAAUCUGAUAUGGCACAGCAAUGUCCAAACACAGAAACUGUUGGAAAUUUAUGUGAUACUAAUAUUGCUUCCCAUAUUGAAAAAUCUGCUGCAAAACCUUCUAAUAAAAUCAUUGAUGAUGAAAUUUCCCAACGGCAAAAGCACAAAGAAUUUCCUGCUGCUGUUUCUCAGAUGAACUCAAAGCCUUCUGAGGAAGUGUUGGACACAGGUCUGAAGCAAGCAGUUUCAAAUCCUAUGGACAAUAUUCAAGCUCCAAACAAGGAUGGGGUUCGGGUUGGUUUUCCAAAAGAUAACCUUCCAGUUGAUGAAAAGAAACCCACAUUUGAUGUGAAAGCUGAAACUGGGCCAGGGCUUCCUGUAGGAAAUGAAUCAGCUUUUGCUCUGCCCCAUGAUGCCAACUUGACUAGCAAAAACCCACCAGUGCAUUUUCAGGUUGAUUUGAGGACGGAGAGCUCUACAAAAGAUGAUUCUAAAGAGAACCACAGUAGCGGUAUUAUCAGGGCGGAGCAGGGAGACAUUCUUAUUGAUAUCAAUGAUCGAUUUCCUCGAGACUUCCUUUCUGAUAUAUUUUCCAAAGCAAUGCUUUCUGAGGAAUCCUCUGGUGUUAGCCCACUGCAGACAGAUGGAGCUGGCUUGAGCUUGAACAUGGAAAACCAUGAGCCCAAACGCUGGUCAUAUUUUCAGAAGUUGGCGCAAGAUUUUGGUGAAAAAGAUGGUUCUCUCAUCAACCAAGAUCAUGUAUCAGAUCAGUUUGCCCCAGUGGGUGUAGUUCCAUUGAGCCAAGCUGAGUCGGAUAAAAAAAUUGUUGAAGACAACCCGAAGGAUGGUCAACCCCAAGUGCAAAUCAGUGAAAGUAUGCAGUUUGAUGCCAUGAUAGAGAACCUAAGAACACCAGAGUCAGAAUAUGAGAUGAAAUCAGAAAAGAGGAAUAUUGGUCUACCUCCUUUGGAUCCUUCUCUGGGAGAAUUUGAUAUCAAUACCUUGCAGCUCAUAAUGAAUGAAGAUCUUGAAGAGUUGAGGGAGCUGGGUUCUGGUACAUUUGGGACCGUAUAUCAUGGCAAAUGGAGGGGAUCAGAUGUUGCCAUCAAGAGAAUAAAAAAAAGCUGCUUCACAGGUCGAUCAUCUGAGCAAGAAAGAUUGACCAUUGAAUUUUGGCGGGAAGCUGACAUUCUCUCAAAACUUCAUCAUCCAAAUGUGGUGGCAUUUUAUGGUGUGGUGCAAGAUGGUCCUGGAGGAACAAUGGCUACUGUUACAGAGUUCAUGGUUGAUGGUUCCCUUAGGCAUGUUUUACUUCGCAAGGAUAGGUUGCUUGAUCGUCGUAAGAAGCUCAUAAUUGCCAUGGAUGCAGCAUUCGGGAUGGAAUAUUUACAUUCAAAAAAUAUUGUGCAUUUUGAUCUGAAAUGUGACAACUUGCUUGUUAACUUGAAAGAUCCUUCACGACCUAUUUGCAAGGUUGGUGAUUUUGGACUGUCUAAAAUAAAACGUAAUACCUUAGUUUCUGGUGGUGUUCGGGGGACCCUACCGUGGAUGGCCCCGGAGCUCUUGAAUGGGGGCAGCAAUAAGGUUUCAGAAAAGGUUGAUGUGUUCUCUUUUGGUAUUGUUUUAUGGGAGAUUCUCACUGGGGAAGAGCCUUAUGCCAAUAUGCACUAUGGUGCAAUUAUAGGAGGAAUUGUAAGCAACACACUGAGACCGACAAUUCCAAGCUUUUGUGACCCUGAAUGGAGGAAAUUGAUGGAACAGUGUUGGUCCCCUAAUCCUGCAGCCAGGCCAUCAUUCACAGAAAUUGCUAGUCGAUUGCGUACAAUGUCAGCUGCUGCGAGCCAAAGCAAGGUGCAGGGUCACAAGGCAUCAAAAUGAGAAUGGUUUCUGAAAGGGGUACAGUCAUUUCCACGAUAGGUAUUCAUUCAAUUGUUCACACAUUUGAGUAGAAUUUGAUUAUGAUCACUUGGAAAGGAAAUUGGGGCUUCCUAAUUGUUUUUGGAAUGGAAGGCUUCUCUUAUAAAGAAAUAAUAAUGUUAUUGAACAAGAAUUGCGAUUUAGUGUACUAUGUUGUACUUGAAAAAUCUUAUUAUCUUUUCCCUUUUAAA